CCCCCAUGAAUUCCGUGUCUAAAGUCUCCCUUCCUCAAGCUUUUACUAUUUCCUCAAGAAAAAACGGAGAGAGAGAAUCACUGGGGGGAAAAGAAAAAAAUCCCUCCUUUACUUUCCAAUUUCUAGAGAGAGAGAGAUUUGAUUGAUUUUCAACGCGUUCUGGAGAGAGAAAUUGCUCUGUUGUUCGUCUGCUUCUUCGCCAUCUGCGCCAUUGAUUGAUUCGGUGUAGAAGCAGAUACACCCACCGCAUUUGCUCUCUUUUUUUUUUCUCCUUCCGUAAAGGUAAUAUUUUUUUUUUCUCUCUAUCAAGUUGACGAGACAUUGACAGAAUCUGUAGUUCUCGAGUUUCUGUGAGAGCGCUAAUCUUCUGCUUAGUUCGUGCAUCUGGUGGUCGGAUGUUCACUACUGUUUACCCUUUUUCCUGCUCUCUGAUCGAAGGUUUUUCCAAGCUUUGGACUUUUUAGCGUCUCAGUUCUCCGAGCGGUGGGUUUUUACCUUUCUCGUUGUUGUUGCAUUAUCCUUCGGAUUCGAUUUCAGCCGCGGGAUUAGGGAAAAUGGGUGAUACGGAAAAGGGUAAUACCGAUAUGUUGCGGAGAAUUCAUUCUUCGUUCGGUGUAUCGUCUUCACUGAUCCCGAAGCGGCCUCUGUCAAUGAAUCAGCAGCUCGAAAUCCCGCAUUUGAACCCUAAUCUCAUCCGUUCCCGGCAAUUUCCCCAGUUCCCACAGCCUUUCAGCAGUACCAGCAGCAGUGGCGGCGACAGUGGCAAGCGGCCCGGCAUGCCGCCGUCGCACCCGAAUCCGAUCCCGCCCAUUUCGCCGUACUCUCAGAUCCCGGCGACCCGACAACCCGGUUCGCAGAAUUUCAACCCGGGACCCAGUCAUUCUCGGUCCCUGUCGCAGCCCUCCUCCUUCUUCACAUUCGACUCCUUGCCGCCGUUGAGCCCCUCUACGUUCCGCGAUUCUCCGUCGGCGCCGGAUCAUGACGUGCCGAUGGAGGAUAGAGACUCCGGGGGAUUCAACCCUUCCUUGCCCCCGUCCCCGUUCACGAGGUCUAACUCGAGCUCUAGUUCGUCGAGGGUCGGCGGCGGGGAGAGUCUCCCGCCGAGAAAGGCUCAUAGGCGGUCUAACAGUGAUAUCCCCUUUGGGUUUAAUUCCAUGCUUGUUCAGAAUUCUCCGCCAUUAACCCCUCCCAAGCCCUUGGAGAGAUCGGUUUCUGGUGGAGAGGUUACGGAUUGGUCCAAACCGGCUCAUCUUGUGAAGAGGGAAUCGAGCUGCGAGAGAGAAGGGGUCGGAGAUAGAAAAUCGGAAGGCGGUGAUGUUGCUGACGACUUGUUCUCGGCCUAUAUGAAUCUGGAAAACAUCGAUGUUUUGAACUCAUCUGGUGCUGAAGAUAGCAAGAAUGGUAAUGAGAACAGGGAGGACAUGGAAAGCAGUAGAAAGAUGAAUGGUGGUAAUAGCAGCGAUACUGAAGGAGAGAGCAGUGUGAAUGAGAGUGGAAAUAGCUUUCAGAAGAUCGGGAUGAGUUCUAUGGGCGUGAAGAGAAGUGCAGGCGGAGACAUUGCGCCUACAGGCAGACACUACAGGAGUGUUUCAGUGGAUAGUUGUUUCAUGGGGAAGUUAGAUUUCGGAGAUGAAUCACCAAAGCUGCCACCUUCUGCCGGAAAUCUACCUGGGAAGGUUUCUCCGACCAAUUCAAUCGAUGGGAACUCGAGCAACUUCGGCCUCGAGCUUGGGAAUGGUGAGUUUAACGCAGCGGAGAUGAAGAAGAUCAUGGCUAACGAGAAACUUGUUGAGAUUGCUGUAAAUGACCCUAAGCGUGUCAAAAGAAUCUUGGCGAACCGUCAAUCGGCUGCACGUUCAAAGGAGAGGAAAAUGAGAUACAUUGCCGAGCUGGAACACAAGGUUCAGACCCUUCAGACAGAAGCUACCACAUUGUCAGCUCAGCUCACGCUUUUGCAGAGAGAUUCAGUUGGGUUGACAAACCUGAACAACGAGCUGAAGUUUCGUCUUCAAGCAAUGGAGCAGCAGGCUCAACUCCGGGACGCCCUGAACGAAGCACUGACGGCGGAAGUGCAAAGGCUGAAGCUGGCGACACGUGCCAGCGAAUCCGAGAGAUCAGAACUGCAGUCACUUAACCCCGAAAUGUUCCAGCAGCUCAAUCUCAGCCAUUUGGAGCCACAGACGCAGCCAUCCAUGACGUCAUCUAAGCCCGAGUCUGGCAAAUAAGAUGGACCGAGGGUGGGUUUGUUUCUAUAGCUCUCGGCUAUAUAUUAUAUAAUUUUAUGGUAAUGUGCAGAGUCAAGUUUAAAUUUAUAUAUAAAUACAUGUGGGUUGCGUCCAACAAAUUCUAUGAUACAUACAUACACAGGCUUAUAUAUGUAGUUAUAGUGACGUUUAAAUUUUAUUUUGUUGAGUAUAUUCUCAUGAAAGAUAUUAGUCUUCCACAUGUGGAUAGAGUUUAAUUGUCC